UCUGUGACCCAGGACACCGGCGAGAAGAAGAAAAAGAAGAAGAAGAAAGGACAUAGAGUAGGACAGGAUUCCACCAUCUCAUUUCCUUCAAACUAAGACAAACGAGGUCAUCUGAAAGCCUUCUUCCAGAAGAGAGAGAAAAUUAAAGAGACAAAUAGAAAGAUAGGGUUACAGGGGGGGCAAGGAAACAGAAAGAAAGUGAUAGCCUAAUUAUCUGGUGUGGAGUUGCUACUAUGAGCCUGGUGGUCUUAUUCUCAGUACUCUUGGUGUCUCUGAGUGGCUGCAGAUGUGCUGUCAUCACUGGGGCAUGUGACAGAGACAUCCAGUGUGGCAUGGGGCUGUGCUGCGCAGUCAGCCUGUGGCUGAGAGGCCUGCGGAUGUGCACGCCACAAGGUCUAGAGGGAGACGAGUGCCAUCCUUUCAGCCACAAGGUACCUUUCCCUGGGAAGAGACAGCAUCACACCUGCCCCUGCCUGCCUCAUUUGGUGUGCACCAGAUCUGCAGAUAACAGAUACCGAUGUACCAAUGACUUCAAAAACAUUGACUUUUAAAUGCAUAUAAGGGAGAAAGGGAGAAAAAGAGAGAGCGAGAGAGAGAGAGAGAGAGAAUGGAGGACUGCAAGUUAGUGGAAAAGAAUACUUGAAGGAGAAAUGAAGAUAGCACAAGAACAAGGUGCCACUGUUCCUGACUUGGAUUUCACAUUCAUGCACUUUGCACUAUCUUGUUUUCUCUGAAAUGCUGUCAUACUCUCACCCACAAAUCACAGUGUUUGGUUCAGAAACUCAAAGUCACAGUUGGUUUACUUUGGCUCUCAAUAUAGGCCUAUUUAUACUUCGGUCAUGUGCACUCAAAUGUGUGCUCACAGCAGAU